AUCCAAUAUGGCAGGAAAGCGAAUGUAACCUCUUUAAUUUUAAAUUUCUCAAUCGGCUCAUUUCUUCGAUAAUUUUGAUGUUAAUUAAUCUUGUGCCAUGAGAGACAACGAGUGUACUAAAAUUAUCGGAUCGAAUGUAAUUUUAGUACCGUAUAAGAAGAAGCACGUUGAAAGGUAUCAUGAAUGGAUGAAGUCCGCAGAAUUACGAUAUUUUACUGGUUCAGAGAUGUUAACAUUGGAAGAAGAAUUUCAAAUGCAACAGCGAUGGCAUCAGGAUCAAGAUAAAUGUACUUUUAUCAUUUUGGAAAAAACUGUUUUUACUACAUCUGGAAACGAGAUAGAAGCUAUGAUUGGAGAUACAAAUUUAUUUUUUAACGAAUCAGAUCAGCCAAAUACUGCAGAAGUUGAAAUUAUGAUAGCAAAUGUUACUUAUAGGAGAAAAAAAAGAGGUUGGGAAGCUAUGAUUCUAAUGCUUCUUUAUGGAAUCAGCGUAUUAAAUGUCACUAAAUACAUUGCAAAAAUUAAAUUUGACAAUGAAAAGAGUAUAAAAAUGUUCGAAAAAUUGGGAUUUCACAAGAUAGAAAGAAGCCAAGUUUUCCAAGAAUAUACUUUUGAAAAAAUAGUAAAUCGAGAUUGGAUAGACUGGUUAUAUUCUGACACUAAUAUGGAUGUAAUUACUUAUGAAGAGUAUGAUAAAGAGAGAGAGAGAGAAUAACCCUGUCCAUGAUUUAUAAUAAAGCAGAAGUGAAAUUGAAAUUGGAAACCCGUGGAAAACUUCUCACAAUCAUGUCUCUAUUAAAAGUAUUCCAAAAGUUGAAAAGUUCCGCGCAGAAAAGACCAUUACUCUUCAAUUCAAUGAUAUACGGUUCUUUUUAUACCGGUGCUGAAUUCGCACAACAAACUUAUAAUAAAAUAUUCAAGUUUUCGUUAUCACCGGUAUCAGCAAACAUUGAAGAGACGAACACAUUUGAAAUUAAGAAACCACUAUCUCUUUGGAUAAGAAACUUUAAUCAAAAGUUGGGUUUAUUGGAUGAGAAUAACUCAACGCAAUCGAGAAGUUACAAUUGGGCUCAACUUAAA